AUGAAUCUAAGUAUUCUCUGUAUCACCGUAUUAAUCCAGUUUAUCAGAGCAGCAACAAAAGAAAGAGUCAAACCCGUGAACUUGAAGUUGAAGAAGACGUUGAAAACAUUCUUAUCCAAAUUUGCUGACUACAAAAACAAGUCUAUGAGUCUAUCAGACUGGAAUCAAGUUGCAAUAAAGUACAAUUUGUCUAAAAUUCAUAGAAGGGGUAAUAGAAUUAUGUAUAAGGAUAAUUCUGGUGCAUACGUGGUGAAACUCUCUACUGUUGAGCAUGAUCCAUGUCGAACUGAUCCACUGGCAUUCGCAAGAAAGAAGAUCAAUCACCCAAAUAUUGUGAAACUGCACUGUUGGGCAACUCAGGAAAUAACCAGUAAAAGGAAAAAGAGAUUCAUUUUGGUGGCAUCAGUCUAUGAGUUGUGUGACGUCAUUAUUGGUAGUAGGCUGAUAAAUAAUGAUGAAAACACAAUAAGAUCAAUUGUACACCAAGUACUACUGGGACUGGACUACUUGCAUAGUAAGAAACUGGUUCAUCUUGAUAUCAAACCCGAUAAUAUCAUGGGUAAAACGGGUAAAAAUGGGAAAAUAACGUAUAAACUGAUUGAUUUGGAUACAAUUGCGGAUUUACCACCUGAGGAUGAUGAAAUCUAUAGACAGGUGUUCACUAGUGGAUAUGUUGAUCCAGAAUAUGGUCAAAAUAGGAUUCUGAUUGAAUCGGAUAUUUAUCAGUUAGGAAUGACAGCAUGGGCACUCUCGUACAUGAAGAAGGGUGAUGAAGAGUGGUGUCGAAACUGGGGGAAGAAGUACAAUAAGAAAAGGAAGCAGCACACAUUCAAGUCGUUCUCAUCAGUAGAAUACGGUGAGUUUGUGAAGACAUGCACAGAUUAUGAUCCAAAAAGAAGACCAAAUUGUAGGGAACUGCUUUUACACCCAUUUAUUACCGAAACAGGUAAUUAG